ACAUUCGCGACGAGAGGAAUUUCGCGAGUUCUAACCGUGCUAGCCCUCGCGGCCUUUUCUGCGUUAGGCGAAAGAUAUAUAGCACGAUAUAAUAUGGGCUCAAGUGUUGCAAGAGAAGAGAUACUUGUUAGUUCUUUCCGCUCAUCGAUUCCGAAAGCAUUGCGAAUAAGGAAAAAGGAUAUCACGUCAGUAUUGGCAGGAUUCGGUAUGGUGGCGUAAUACCAGUUAGUUUUCAUCGCUUUUAUUGCCCGCACAGAAUUAGUUUCACAAAAAUAGCGUUCGGUUUGAUUUGGCAAUGUCACUAUUGACUAGUCGUUCAAAAAGCAUUCAGGAAAUGAAUUGGUCGUGUGAAGAAUUUAGUCAAGAAUUGAGCAUGUGUGUUGUGCCGUAAGAAGAGUUCCUUGAACUGGUCCUUCGUGGAUUUGAGUGAUUGAAAGCUAUUAGUAGGGAAAAACUAGCAGAUAAUUUUAAUGGUUCCUAGCGGUUUAUAAUACAAAUAUACGUAGACUUUUUCAUGCACUGGAUUUACCAUCCGAGGAUCAGUGGUCAGUUUUGCUGAAAAUUCUACAGAUUCAAGCAUAUAGCUUGCAAUCUUACUGAAUAUGUCGCACCAUGGAAACAGCAAGGAGUGUGGCAAAGAAUCAUCAGCGGCAGCUGCAAAUGGAAUUCUUCCCCAAGAGCAUUCAUGCGAGAUCUGUGGUAUGUCCGGUUUGUCCGAUGAUGCAAUGCGAGAGCAUACACGUCAAUGCCAUGUGGAGGGCAGUGCCCAAUGUCCGUUUUGUGGACUGUCUGGUGUACCGGCAGCUGAGCUAUUGCUACACGUGAAUCAAGCUCAUUUAGAUUAUCUAACACCGGAGAAUGAAUUAAUGAGCUUCAUCGAUGAUCAAACUCCCAGUAUCGAUGGUGAUUCCGAUUCAAUUUCUGAAUGCCGCGGUUUAUCUCCAUCGAUCACAUCAGAGCUUCUUACACCGGUUUCAAAUGCCAGUACUAAACCAAUUAUCAGUAACGGUGCCAUUGUCACCAGUGCAACAUCGAUAACGAAUUCAAUGGUGCUGCAGCAUAAUGGUAUCAACGGAUGCAACAUUAGCAGUAACAAAAUCAGUUCUUCGUUGAGCACUUCGACUACGAGUAUCAGUAGUAAGUCGAGUAUCGGUAGCCAAUUAAAUGGGAUCUGCAACGGCAGUAUGAGUGCCAGCAAUAGCAGCCUGGCCUAUCUGCCCAAUAAUGCAAGUAAGAUCAAUCAACAGCCGCAGCAGUCUCAGUUGAACAAUCAGCACCCAGAGGUGACUGUAACGAGUACAAGCAACAAAAGCUGUGAUAUAUUGAAUGAUAGCAAGGAAGUGAUAAUGAAUGGUGGUGGAGCAGGUUGUACUAGCGGUGCCGCUCCUAGUGGUAGUGCUACUACUAGUGGUAAUGGAACUGGUGCUGGUGGUCAAGGAUCACCGCUAAGGUCCCAGCUGGGUCUAAAGCUCAAAUCUCACAAACCAAUCACAACCGUUACCAUCAAACCAAGCCCUCUACAAUGUUUACUCUGUCCGUACACGACCGAUAACCCAAACAUACUCGAAGAGCAUAUUAAUCGAUCGCACUUUGACCCGCUCAGUCCCAGCAUAAACAAUGGUGCCAGCGGCAAUUCCCAUGUAGAUACUCUCAGUGCACUCCAGUGUCCUAUUUGUGCAAGAACGUUUGAAUCUGGUUCGGACCUGGAGCUACACGUCAAUAUUGAACAUCGUGACAUUUUAAGUCCCGCCAAAGCGGAUCGUCAGAAUUGUGGAACGCCAGCGGCUGCUACUGUGAACGGCAGUCUUACCGGAAGUUUGUGUCCUGUAUGUGGGAUAUCUUUUGAUAAUAUGAAAACAGCCGAAAUGGAGCUACACAUUGAAAAACAUUUUAGCAAGAGUCCCCAGAAUCCAAUCCGGGUUGAGCCGGAUUUGGAAAAGCAAGCUCAGAAAUUACGAGAGCAACGUGAGUUUGAAAUGCUCCGUGCACAAUACGGAAUGGAUGAUCAGGGUAACUUUCGGGAACAAUCGGCGGCGGCCAUGCAACGGGCAGUUUAUGCCGGUGAAAUGAGUGUAGCAGACUACUAUGAACGGCAGGUUGGACUGCGGGCAGCAGAAUCCCACGGUGUUGAUGACGGUUCGUCUUGCACAAAGACUGUCUCACCUAGGGUCCUAGCACUGUCAUCUUCGUCACCCAAUGUGCUCAAAACGUACGUAUGUUCGAGUGUUGAUCAUUAUGCGUCCAGUUACGGUGACAAGGGAUGGGGAUGUGGCUACCGAAACCUUCAGAUGAUGCUUUCUUCACUACUACAGAAUACCGCAUAUAAUGAAGCACUAUAUUCUGCUUGGGGAUCGCAUGGUCCAGCACGCACUGCAAUGCCAAGUAUCUCACGAUUACAACGUAUGGUUGAGGCAGCCUGGGCACAAGGAUUUGACGUUCAAGGUUCGGAACAGCUUGGGUGUAAACUGCACAACACUCGCAAAUGGAUUGGUGCUACGGAAAUUGUUACCGUUCUGUCGUGGUUAAGAAUAAGGUGUGAGCUGGUGGACUUCCAUCGACCAACAUCGUCGGAUGGCCGCCAUCCGGAGCUGUUCAAUUGGGUAUUACGCUACUUCGAAGAACCAAGAAUACACACGCCUCCGUUAUACUUACAGCAUCAAGGCCACUCUAGAACAAUAAUAGGAAUUGAACAACGCACGUCCGGUUUGUCGUUACUUGUGCUAGAUCCCAGCCACGGACCGCGACAGGUUGCAGCCCUAGGAUCUUCCCAAGACUCGCUCCGAUUGAUACGGAAAAACUCUGCUGCCAUGAGAGCACCCCAAUAUCAAGUGGUAGCAGUCAAAGGACUAAUCGAAACAGAAGAACAAUACCAGGCGAGUAAAGUUUUGAGAUCUCAUAGAAUACCGCCAGACCGUUGACAUGCUGUAACCAUCUAUCUGAUAAUCGCACGAGUUUCGCUAAUUUAAAAAAUGUGUUUAAUUUGAUCUAGUCUAGACGAAAUUUAGCUAAACUUCAAAAAAACGAUAGAAAGUAAUAGACGUUUGAAAACCAGGGAGUGAAGCACAUAUAACUAACUCUUUAUUAACAUUUUGACCCAAAGAACACUCAAAACACCGAACUCAAUUAGUCUUAUUCUAAACAAAUAUUGCAAUAAUCUAUACUAUGGUAAUUAGCAGUAGAGCAGUCCAACAGUUGAACGAAUAGUUCGCUCUUUACCCACACCGUUAAUCGUUCUGUUGUUUGCUCCAAACCAUCAGUCAAUUCCAUAGCUUUUGAAUUUGUUCAGGACUCGGUUCCGCUCAGUACCUACUUUGCUCAGCACAGAAUGCCAAUUGCAAUUCAAUGUAAAAACAAACAUAACUAAAAAACAACAUGCUUGCCUUCGGAAUAGGUAUUAUUGCCAAUGGUUCUAAGAGAUAUUGAAUGUUACCGGAAAAAAUCUCCAUAUGUUUUCUAGUUUUAGAAUCUCGCUUUAACUAGUCGCCCAAAUCAGACGAUUAGUACAAGAUUUAAUAGCUUUAAUUAUUAGAUGUAGGCACAAACUAGUGUACACAAUUUCGUUACUACUUUUUGACGUGAUUGCUCAUACAAGAGUGAGAAAAAAGAUUUUGUUUAGCGUCAACUGCACGGGAGCAUUGCGUUUGUUAUUGACAUAUGUGGUGUUAUAGAUUAUUAAAAAUA